AUGGAGGAAUCUUUAGACGGCCGCGAAGGCUCCGCCGGGUUCGACUCUGCUACCAUUCUGAAUGAUGACGUCUCACCUACUACUAGUUUCUGCUAUAAUAUACCUAAUCUUUUUAAUAGCCUAGGUCCGGGAUCAGUUUUAUGUGAAAGACCUGACGUAGAACCUAACGAGUCAUACAAUACCACAGAAACUUCCGAAGACACCGGAGAACACCAACAGUAUGAUGAUGAUGAAGAAUAUUCUCCGAAAUCUGUUCAGAAUAGAACUACCUUCUCAAACGUGCAGCUGGAGCAGCUGGAGGCAGCGUUUCACAAGACGCAUUACCCUGACGUAUUCUUUAGGGAGGAACUGGCCAUGAGGAUUGACUUGACUGAAGCUAGAGUCCAGGUAUGGUUUCAAAACCGGCGCGCGAAGUGGCGUAAACAGCAGAAAGCUGGUGUGGAGGCAUACCCUCGCAGCGCCAGGUCUCCUGACGAGAGAUCCUCCUCCGCUCUGGCCCUGGAGAUGAGGGAUUUCAUUACCAUACCAGUGUCUUCACCACAAACAAUUAACAUCACGGAAAACUAUCAAUCAAAAACAAAGAACAUACAGCCUGCUAUACACAUAGCAGCCUUACCAACGAGGUCAAAUCAACAAACUGAUCUUCCGUCUUUCUCAAUACCUCUUCAAUAUAAUUUAGGUACCUUCAAAAAGAUCGGAGAGGAUGUACGUCCGGAUUUGGAAACAAACGACAAUCAUUGGGACAACAGAAUGAUACCAAGUUUCAAUUUAAUGAAUAUAAAACCUUUACUUGAAACUCGAGAAAAUAUUGACUUGAGUGAAGUAAAAUACGAAGUCAAAAAUGAAGGUAGAGUCUACGAAAUGCAAACAAUACAAGCAAAUAUUGAAGCUGAAGAUAUUUUGAAGGAAACUAUAAAUGAAGGACAAACUAUAACACCGGAUUUUGAAAUACAGAGAUACCAAAACUAUGAUGACAAACGAUUUAGAGGUACGUUUGAUGAAGUCAUGGAAGAUAGGAACAAUUUUGUGGGAGAUUUUCUUUGUAAAAAUAACUUUGAUAAGGGUGACGAGAAAAGAAGUGAUUUUGAAGAAUGUAAUCUUUUAGAAACGGAUAAUAGUGUUGGGAUAACUAAUUUUGAAAGCAACUUGUAA